CACAUCAGUCUAUAACGGUAUUUUACAGUAGAUCAACGGAAUAAACCGCCGAAAUGACAUCAACACACCCUUCGAUUAAGCCAAUGUACUUUAUCAUGCGAAAUAGUUCUAAUGCAACAACAACAAAAACACAUAGGUAAAAGCAAAUCUUCCAGAAAAGUGGAGAACAUUCUAAACAUGGCUCUUUGACACCUGGCGGAUGGAAGGUGCAACAACAAAAUCACCAGCAGACGUUUCCUCCUAGCCACAUUCUACGAGCCACGAGAGGAAAAGAGGAGUGACUUGCACAGUUUUGAAAGCAAGCAGGGAAAAUGGCAGACGCCGAGGACGAGAAGCUGCCGUCCGGGUGGGAAAAGCGGAUGAGCCGUAGUUCGAGUAGAGUGUACUACUUUAACCACAUCACCAAUGCCAGCCAGUGGGAGCGUCCGGUGGGGUCAGGUGAUGGGAGUGGCGAGCCAGACAAGGUGCGUUGUUCCCACCUCCUGGUGAAGCACAGCCAAUCGCGUCGCCCGUCCUCCUGGAGGGAGGAGAACAUCACACGCUCCAAAGAUGAGGCCCUCGACCUCAUACAGAAGUACAUAGAGCAGAUGCAGUCAGGAGAGGAGGAGUUUGAGGCUCUGGCCUCUCAGUUCAGUGACUGCAGCUCCGCACGCAACGGAGGAGACCUGGGACUGUUCGGCAGAGGUCAGAUGCAGAAGCCGUUUGAGGAUGCGUCCUUUGCUCUGAAGGUGGGAGACAUGAGUGGUCCGGUGUUCACCGAUUCUGGAGUUCACGUCAUCCUUCGCACGGGAUAGAGACAAGCUCUGACCCCCUGAAUACCCCCAUCAACCCCUGAAUACUCCCUGAAUACCCCCAUCCCCCCCUGAAUACCCCUGUCACCCCCUGAAUACCCCCGUCACCCCGUGAAUACCCCCAUCACCCCUCCUACCUCCCACCCCCCUCAAAUACCCCCUCUUGUCCUCCCUACUACCCUUUAGAAGCCAUCCCUUCCACCUCAAAUACCCCCCCACCCACCGUUCUGUUCUAUAUGCAACUUUACACUGACACCAUCAACACCCCUUGUACCAGUUGCCAUGGCUACAUCGUUGUGUGUGUGAAAAUAAGAGAUCUGUCGGUAGUGACUGACUGACUGAGCGAACGAGUGUGUGUGUGUGUGUGUGUGUGUGUGUGUGUGUGUGUGUGUGUGUGUGUGUGUGUGUGUGUGUGUGUGUGUUCACAUGGACCAUUCCCCUCACCCUCUGCUUUAUAGUGACCCCUCUCUGUUUGCCAAGGCAUUAUUCUGUCUCAAUGAUAACAUGCCCGAUGGUUAGUGGUAGACCAGUGUUCCAUACUCUCUCAUAGGAGACCGACAUGUAGAAGGCUGACUCAUGGGAUUAUUUAAAUGGCUACCAACAUCCCUUAGGUGGUAAAAUAGUCAGGGCACAGUCCACUGUCUGCCAUGUUUGUAGUGCCUCCCCCCAUUCCAUUUACUGCUUCACUGUAUCUCCUAUGUUCCAGGGAACUACAAUACCCAGUAUGCAUGUGGGGAAGGGAUUUUGUAAGCUUGAAUCUGCUAAGAGGCACUUCAUAUGACCUGUUCAUCUCCCACCAUUAAAGGACUCUUAUUUUGUAAA